GGGAGCGGCGCCGGCGGUGCUGGGCGCUCCCUGGGCUGCCCUGUCCAUCGCUGCGCUCCUGCGCCGCACUUCUAUUUAGUUACCAUAAGUUUUAAAAGCAAAAAAACUUAUUUUUAUUUUUUUAAGCUUAAUUUUUGUUUUUUUUGUUUUUUUUUUUUUCUUUUCGCGCCGAAACUUUCGUGCCGCGGCAGGAGGCGAGAUGUGGAGGAAGGCGUUCCUGGCCGCCGUGUGCCUCUGCCUGCGCUGGCUGGCUGCUCUCGGCGCAGAAGCUGAAAACGAUUUUGAGGGAAUCGAGAGCAAGUUUUCUUUACGGACGCCUGCAGAGCCUGAUGAGGAUGUCUGCUACCUUGUUCCCGGGCAGGUGAACAGCCUGGCACAGUGCAACUUCAAUCAUACCAGUAAAACCUUUGUGGUGAUCCAUGGGUGGACGGUGACAGGGAUGUAUGAAAGUUGGGUCCCGAAGCUGGUGGAUGCUCUGUACAAGAGGGAGCCUGACUCAAACGUCAUUGUGGUGGACUGGCUGGUUCGAGCUCAGCAGCACUAUCCGGUGUCUGCUGCAUACACCAGGCUGGUGGGAAAGGAUGUUGCUACAUUUAUUGACUGGUUGGAGGAGAAAUUCAAUUAUCCUCUCAACAAUCUCCACUUGCUGGGGUACAGCCUAGGUGCCCAUGCUGCUGGGAUUGCUGGGAACCUGACCAAAAAGAAGGUGAACAGAAUUACUGGGCUGGAUCCUGCUGGUCCUACCUUUGAGUAUGCGGAUGAACUGACCCGCCUCUCCCCGGAUGAUGCUGAGUUUGUGGAUGUCCUACACACCUACACCAGAGGCUCUCCAGACCGCAGCAUUGGGAUCCAGAAGCCUGUUGGACACAUUGAUAUUUAUCCCAAUGGUGGAGGUUUCCAGCCAGGUUGCAAUCUGGGAGAAGCACUGCGUCUGAUUGCUGAGAAAGGCUUUGGAGAUGUGGAUCAGCUGGUGAAAUGCUCCCAUGAACGAUCCAUCCACCUCUUCAUUGACUCUCUCCUCAAUGAAGAAAAGCCCAGCAUGGCCUAUCGCUGUAACACAAAGGAGGCCUUUGAGAAGGGCCUCUGCCUGAGCUGCCGCAAGAACCGCUGCAACAAUUUGGGUUACAAGGUCAACAGAGUGAGAACAAAGAGAAACACCAAAAUGUAUCUGAAAACCCGUGCUCAGAUGCCCUAUAAAGUCUUUCAUUACCAAGUCAAGAUCCAUUUCUUUGGAAAGACUAACGUGACCAAGACAAACCAGCCAUUCCUGAUCUCUCUCUAUGGCAAGCUAGAUGAAAGUGAGAACAUUGCUUUCACACUGUGAGCGGUAUUUUAUUUUAUUUUCCUGAUUUACACAGAAGUAGAUAUUGGAGACCUGCUUAUGCUGAAGCUGCAGUGGGAAAAGGACACAUUCUUCAGCUGGUCAGACUGGUGGACUCCUUUUACGUUUGACAUCCAGAGAAUCAGAGUGAAGUCAGGAGAAACUCAGAAAAAAGUGGUGUUCUGUUCUCGAGAUGGCACCUCACGUCUCAGUAAGGGAGAAGAGGCAGCAAUAUUUGUGAAAUGCUCAGAGCAGCCCGUCAACAGGAAGAGAGGAGGUACCAAGAAAGCCUCAAAAGAAAAUUCUGCUCAUGAAUCUGCUUAAGUGACAAGAACAAAGAUUUUUCACACUGGGGAGGAGAAGAGUCUGUUCAUCCCUGUGGACUGGAUGUUCAGAACCAAAUAUAUAGAAAUAUUUAUCCGCUGCUGGAUUUUUGCCUGCUAUUCCUAGCUAUUUUAGAGACUUCUUGUAAAAAAGUCUCAGCAUAUGAAGUUACUAACCAUAAAGAUACAUUAUCCAAAUAGUUUAAAAAAAAAAGAAACCUGAAAAACAACUUGCCAAAGUUUGGAGUGCUGAAAAGACAUAUGUAAUUUUGCUUAAUCAUGGUCCCUUGUGACAAGGUUUCUUGACAUCAGAUCCUAUACAGCAAUUUUUUAAUAUUUAUUGAAAAGAAACAAAGCCCUGUACUUGAUUUUA